AAAAGGUCGAAUAACCACUGAUAUAAAUAACAAAACAAUCAUUCAUUUCUCUUACCAUUCAUCUCAUCGCUGUUUCGCUUGUAGAGAGAUUAUGGCUAAAGAUAUAGAUGAUCUACCAAAGCUUCAAGCUAACUACACGGCCCUGACGCCGUUAUGGUUUCUAGAGCGAGCUGCUACGGUGCACCCUACCAGAACAGCUGUGGUCCAUGGAUCAGAACGCUACUCGUGGCUGCAGACCUAUCACCGAUGCCGUCGAUUGGCCUCCGCUCUGAAUAACCGCAACAUCGGUGCUGGUAGCACGGUAGCAGUAAUAGCACCAAAUAUUCCUGCCUUGUAUGAAGCUCACUUUGGAGUUCCAAUGGCCGGAGCAGUGUUGAACACAGUAAAUAUUCGUUUAGAUGCACCGACAAUUGCUUUCCUUUUAGGCCAUUCAAGAUCUACAGUUGUGAUGGUGGACCAAGAGUACUUUCACUUGGCAGAGGGAGCUUUCAAAAUCUUGGCAGAAAAAGAGAAUAAUUUUAGUCCUCCACUGUUGAUUGUUAUAGCUGAUGAAAGCUGUGAUCCCAAGCAACUGCAACAUGCACUGAAAAGAGGAGCCAUUGAAUAUGAGAAGUUUUUGGAAAAUGGGGACCCUGAAUUUGCUUGGAAACCACCAGAGGAUGAGUGGCAAAGUAUUGCUUUGGGUUACACUUCUGGUACAACAGCCAGUCCCAAGGGGGUUGUGCUUAGUCACCGAGGGGCUUAUCUCAUGGCUUUAAGUUGUGCUAUGAUUUGGGGUCUAAAUGAAGGAGCUGUUUAUCUGUGGACUUUGCCUAUGUUCCAUUGCAAUGGUUGGUGCUACACUUGGUCGCUUGCUGCUCUUUGUGGAACAAACAUAUGUCUGAGGCAGGUAACGGCUAAGGCAGUUUAUUCAGCAAUUGCAAAUCAAGGUGUGACCCACUUCUGCGCUGCACCUGUGGUGCUCAACACCAUAGUAAAUGCUCCAAAAGAAGAGGCUAUCCUUCCCUUACCUCGUGUUGUCCAUGUAAAUACAGCUGGUGCUGCACCGCCUCCUUCUCUUCUCUUUGCAAUGUCAGAGAAAGGGUUCCGUGUUACCCAUACCUAUGGCCUUUCAGAAACUUAUGGUCCGUCGACUGUAUGUGCAUGGAAGCCUGAGUGGGAUUCACUGCCUCCUAUCAAACAAGCUCGCCUCAAUGCACGCCAAGGCGUAAGAUACAUUGGCUUGGAAGGCCUGGACGUAGUCGAUACUAAAACCAAUAAGCCUGUUCCUGCAGAUGGUAAAACUAUGGGAGAAAUAGUGAUGCGUGGAAAUUUGGUAAUGAAGGGAUACUUGAAGAACCCAGAAGCUAACAAAGAAGCCUUUGCAAAUGGUUGGUUUCAUUCUGGUGAUCUCGCAGUAAAGCAUCCUGAUGGCUAUAUAGAAAUAAAGGAUAGAAACAAAGACAUUAUCAUCUCUGGAGGUGAAAAUAUUAGCAGCUUGGAGGUAGAAAAUGUGCUGUACACACACCCAGCAGUGUUUGAAGUAUCUGUGGUAGCAAGAGAAGACGAGAGAUGGGGAGAGUCACCAUGUGCUUUUGUGACAUUAAAAGAAGGAACAGAUAAAUCUGAUGAAGGGCGUUUAGCAGAAGAUAUAAUGAAGUUCUGCAAGUCGAAAAUGCCUGCUUACUGGGUUCCAAAAUCUGUCGUCUUUGGACCAUUGCCUAAAACUGCUACUGGAAAGAUUCAAAAGCAUGUGCUGAGGGAUAAAGCAAAAAAGAUGGGACCUGUCAAAAAGAGCAAGCUAUAGUAUGCAUGAUUUAGAUAGUUUAAGGAAAUAAUAAGCAGUGCGGAUCAUGUGUAUUUGUAUUAAAUUGACCUUUACCUGUUUGCGCAGGCGUACUUGCCUGUGUUUCAGAAUUUAGAGGACUAGAAUAAAUCCUAGAGAUGAAUUAUAAUA